CGGCAUCGUGCUCCCUUUCGAUCCGCUAGACAGCCGCAGACCGCAGUCGCAUCGCUCCAUCGCAGGGGACGAGAGAUUGCAGCCAUGCGUACGCUUGUGCAAGCUGCGUGGCUCGCCUGCGCGGCGGCAUUCCUCGCACCAGCGCUGCCGAGACCAGCGCCACGGCGCGCCGUCGACUCCAGGAUAGAUGACGACUACUCGGACUUUGAUCUCAACGCCGCAGGAACCCCACCGGAGGACGCGGACUACGUCUUCCCCGGCGCGCUCGUGCAAGCGAGGGACGAGUACGGCCAGUGGUACGUCGCCGAGGUCGUCGAGUGCGACGCCGGCAGCGCCUCCGUCAAGUAUCUGGGCUGGGAGGACUGGCCCAUCGAGAAAUUACCAAGGGACCGCCUCGGCUACAUGCCGAAGGUGCGCCCCCCCGUCCCGGACGAGAUGCUGCCCGAGGAGGAGCUCAAGGCGAAGCUCGCGGCGACGAAGAAGGAGAAGGAGAUGUUCCAGUGCCAAAAAUUUAGGGAAGCGUUCUGCGGGAGCUACGUUACCAGAGGCGAGCGCUUCGUGUUGCAGGAGGGCAUCCUCACGCUGAAGGAGACGUUUGAGGGGAGCCUGGACAUAAACACGGACGACGACGCGGGCGCGCCGACGGCGUACGACGGCUGGCGCGUGGCGAUCAACGAAAAGCGGGAUGAAUUAGCUUUAGGCGACGCCGUUCUUCGUCCAAUCGACUUCGACGGCCUGGCCCGAGGGUCGUUUGCCGUGGGCGGCCUCGCGGCGAACGGCGAGGCCUUCAGCUUCGCGCGCGCGGACGGCGACCGGCUCGCCUGCGACGUCUGGACCGCGUAUGAGAAGAGGCUGCUCACAUGUAGGGCCGUCUACGAGCGGGGCGCGCUCGCCUACUUGGAUGUCGUGCGGUCAGAGGGCGAUUUUCCAGAAACCGCGGGCACGGGCCUCUUCGACGUGCACCCGAAACUCGGCGCCGCGCGGGCCGAGGUGCGGCUCGCGGGCCGCGCGACGGCGGCGUGCUCGCCGCGCUGCGAGGCCGGCGGCGUGCUGAGCCUGGACUGGCACGCGCCGGGCGCGGAGAUGCGGAUCCAGGUCGACCGCGUCUUCGCGGACGCGUCCGGCGCGAUCGCGUCUCUGGAAAUUACGGACGUCCUCGCGGACCAGGCGGAGCAGUACGUUGGGGUGCACAGCAAUAAAUUCUAG